UAUGCUUUCUUUCUUUUCUAGGAUGGCUGCAGCUCCUCCAAGUUACUGUUUUGUAGCCUUCCCCCCGUGUUCUAAAGAUGGGCUGGUGGUAUUUGGAAAGAACUCUGCACGGCCUAGGGAUGAGGUACAGGAGGUGGUCUACUUUGCUGCUGCAGAGCAUGAUCCAGGAAGCAAAGUUGAGUGCACGUAUAUUGAGAUUGAGCAGGCGCCGAAGACUCACGCUGUCGUGCUGAGCAGGCCCUCCUGGCUUUGGGGGGCAGAAAUGGGAGCUAACGAGCACGGAGUGUGUGUAGCUAAUGAAGCUGUAGUGACCAGAGAACCAGCUUCUGAGUCUGAAGCCCUGCUUGGCAUGGAUCUUGUCAGACUUGGCCUAGAAAGAGGUGCAACAGCUAAAGAAGCUUUGGAUGUAAUAGUUGCUCUGUUGGAAGAGCAUGGACAAGGUGGAAAUUAUUAUGAAGAUGGGAGUUCAUGCCAUACUUUCCAAAGUGCAUUUUUGAUUGUGGACAGAAAUGAAGCCUGGAUAUUGGAGACUUCUGGAAAGUAUUGGGCAGCUGAAAAAAUCACAGAGGGAGUGAAAUGCAUUUGCAAUCAGCUUUCAUUAACUACAAAAAUUGAUGCUGAGCAUCCUGAACUAAGGAAUUAUGUGAAAAGUCAAGGCUGGUGGAACGGAGACUCAGACUUCAAUUUUUCUGAAGUGUUUUCUCUUGCUGAUGACCACUUGGCCUGUUGUUCUGGCAGGGAGAGCCUAGAAAAGCAAGGUGGUGACGUUUCUGCACAAGCUAUGAUUGAUGUCCUGCGUGACAAGGAUAGUGGUGUCUGUGUGGACUCUGAAUCUUUCCUUACUACAGCUAGCAUAGUGUCUGUUCUGCCUCAGGACCCUAGUUUUCCCUGUAUUCAUUACUUCACUGGCACGCCAGACCCUUCAAGGUCCAUAUUUAAACCCUUUAUUUUUGUUGAUGAUGUAAAAUUAGUACCAAAAGUGCAGUCUCCUUCUUUUGGCAAUGAUGAUCCUGCUAAAAAGAUACCUCGAUUCCAGGAGAAACCUGAUCGUAGGCAUGAAUUGUACAAGGCACAUGAAUGGGCCCGAUCUCUCCUGGAGAACGAUCAGGAUAAAGGCCAGAAACUGAUGAGGAUUAUGUUCGACCUUGAAAAACAAGGUUUAGAAGCAAUGGAAGAUAUCCUUUCACGUACAGAGAUUCUGGAUCCAGCUGAAGUAGUGGAUCUUUUCUAUGACUGUGUUGACACAGAACUAAAGUUCUUCAAAUAAAGUAAGCAAGCAAUUCUUUAGGUACUACUCUACCACUAAAUGUAAAAUGUUGGAUGUGAUUCUGAACCUCCUCCUCUUUUACACUAAGCUGAGGAUGUUAAGAAUUGGGUGCAAACCCACCUUCCUACCUGCUCAGCUUGUCUCCAAAGUCCCUUUUCCCUAUGCUGCAUUGCAGGAGAUUUUUUUUUUUCAAUUUCACUCUUGCUUGGAAUGGAUUUUCAACAAAUUUUAUCUCAUUUCAGCUACAGUGGCUAUUGUUAGCCUUUUCACUGGAAGACUGCAAUGCUCUUCAAGCCUUGAAAGAAAGUCUUCACACUUGUGAUUUUGCAGGAAAAAACAUUUCUAGAGGAAAAGAUAUUACUUGCUAGCUGUAUCCAGUUAACAAACUGCUUUCCUUUGUCCAAUCUUGUGGUGUUCCUGUUUGUGUAUGUAUAUAGUGAAAGGAGAAAGUCACUGACUGGUCCAAUUACUGUGUGCAUGCUGGCUAAUUUAGUACAGAAUGUUAAAACAUGUAUGUUGGGCAACCAAUUAAAGUAAAUCUUUAACUUCAUCAGGCUAAUUGCCAUAUUGUCAUUGAAAGCAAUCUGGUUUUCCCUCUGUUGCUCAGGACUAGGCUUGCAGCAAAGCUGACUUGCAUUUCUCUCUUCUUGCUAAUUCAUACAGAGUUGAAAUCACAGUUUGAGAUGGGCAAGAAGGUAAGUCCUGGUUCUUGACCUCGUUGUGCUGGCCUCACAUGGCUGUAUCUGGUUGCAGUAACUCAGCACCUGACAUUAUGCCUGUACAAACUAUCAGCAUUAGGUCCCUAGGUUAAAGUUCUGCCUUCACCCUCAGCUAGCCUGUGUUUGUAGUGCACCUGGCUGCUGCUCCAGAACUGAGUACUGAACUGCAGAGCCAGCCUGGAUGCCACAGAGAUCUACACAUAUUGGCUCUUAAGAUGCAAUUAAGAAGAUGUCAGAUUUAUAUACAAGCUACAGAUUUGGAAUUGUUUAAGGGAAUAGAUGUUGGACAUUGAUAAAUACCUGGCUAUUCUCCAUCUUUCUGCCUUUGUACUGCUGAACAGUUCCUAGUAAUUUCUGUUGUGAGACACAUAGCUGAUGAAUCCAUUAAGUACCAGGAGUUGCUGGUGGGUGUGGCAAUCCAAGUGGUUAGGCUCAGAAAUGGCUGUCCUACGCUUCCUUACAUUAAGUGCAGUGCUGCAACGUGCUUCCCUUCCUCCAGAGUCCUACAGGCAGACCUGCUUUUCAUUGUAUUUUCUUCUUGUGGAAGUGAGAUAGGGCAAACACUGAGAAUUAAACCAGUAAACACUGUGUCCGGUGAAGAUGCUUGGUGGGUUUUUUUUUCAUACAGGAAGUUGAAAGAAGACAUCCAUGCCUUUAGUAAGUGGAAGUUAACACAGGGAAUUAAAAUCCUUCACUGUUUGGGAAAGUGGAUGGUGAAGAACUACAGGCUUCUGUACUGAGGAUGUAAAAGCUCCUUAGAAAGCAGAAACACCUCCAGCUGAAACUGUAACAAUUGUGCAUCAGGGAAAUAGUCAUUGCCCUAUCGGCAUAUUACAUUCUCAGGAUUAUUUAAAUGAAAUUGUUCUGUUCAGACUCAUUACUUUGGUAUUGCCUUAUAUGACAAAUGGCAAUUGAACAAGAAAACAUGGGGCCUUUUCACUUACAGAAAACAAGGAAGAAUAUAUUUUCUCUUAUGGCUUACCUAAUAAUCUCCCAUUCACAAUAAAACCCUUCCAUGCUGUCUAUCAUAGGACCAACUCCUGUGUCUAAGUAUUUUAAGGUGUAGACAAUAGGAGAAGAAAAUAUUCAAGUAGACCCUGAAAUUUAGCUUCUCUGUAUGGUAACCAGAGGAGGGGCUGCCUGCAAGAGCCACACUUGAGUUCAGAGAAUGUUGUGGGGGGACUGAAGCCCACUGAAAGAGAAGCGUGCUUUUUCCAGCUGCCCAUAAGUGAAAUAAAUGGAUUUCCCAUGAAAUUGCAACUCCUGCUAGGACCAGCUGGGUAUUUCUGAAGAACCAGGGAACAGGGAUAAAAUGAGUUGCUCCAGCCAGAGGACAAAUACUAGGAUAUACCACUUCUCACAGGUAUUUUGCGCAACUUGAAUCUCUAAUCUUUGAGAACUGGGAGGGAGGCAAGAUGAAAGAAGUGUGUGUUCCUGUUGAAAACAUCAUAAUCUUAUUUGUCUGUUUCUUAAGAAAGAAGAAAGCAGCACUUGCAAUUAUCUCAUGGGCAUUUAUGUCCUUAUUUGGAACUGCUUAUAUGACAGAAUGAAUAAAUUGUUUUGAGCACAG